CGGGAACCCCUACGCGGGGCUCGUGAGCCGCCUGCGGGCGUCGUGGCUCUCAGGGAAGACGCGGCCCAUGGAGUACCGCAUAGCCCAGCUGGAGGCCCUGGGCCGCUUCCUGGACGAGAAGAAGCAGGACAUCAUGGAGGCCACCGCCCUGGACAUGCACAAGCCGUUCUUUGAGGCCUACUUCACCGAUUUCCUCCUCUGCAAAAACGAGCUCAACGACACCCUCAACAACCUGUGCUGCUGGAUGAAGGAUGAGCAUGUGGAUAAGAGCCUGGUGAUGCAGCUGGACUCAGCCUUCAUCCGCAAGGACCCCUACGGGGUGGUGCUCAUCAUCUCCCCCUGGAAUUACCCCAUCCACCUCUUCCUCGUGCCCCUCAUCGGGGCCAUCGCUGCGGGUAACUGUGUCAUUGUCAAACCCUCGGAGACAACCAAGCACACUGAGAAACUCGUGGCUGAAUCGCUGCCCUGUUACCUGGACAAGGACUGCUAUGCCGUGGUGACCGGUGCUGUGGAGGAGAGCACAAAGCUGCUGGAGAACAAGUUUGACUACAUCUUCUUCACUGGCAGCCCUCGCGUGGGCAAGAUCAUCAUGACGGCCGCCGCCAAGCACCUGACCCCGCUGACGCUGGAGCUGGGGGGCAAGAACCCCUGCUACAUAUCUGACUGCUGCGACGUGCACAACGCGGCCAGGCGGGUGGCCUGGGGGCGCUUCUUCAACGCAGGGCAGACCUGCAUAGCACCCGACUAUGUCCUGUGCAGCGUGGAGAUGCAGGAAAAACUCAUCCCUGCCCUGCGCAAAGCCAUUACGGAGUUCUACGGCCCCAACCCGAAGGAGUCCCCCGACUUUGCCCGCAUCGUGGGGGACAAGCAGUUCCGUCGUAUCCAGGCGCUGCUGUGCAGUGGGCGUGUGGCCAUCGGAGGGCAGGCGGACGAGAAGGAGCGCUACAUCGCUCCCACGGUACUGGCGGAUGUGAAGCCAUCUGAUCCCGCCAUGCAAGAAGAGAUCUUUGGGCCCAUCCUGCCCAUUGUUGUCGUGGCCAACAUGGAUGAAGCCAUUGACUUUAUCAACGCCCGUCCGCGGCCGCUGGCCCUCUAUGUCUUCUCCUGCGAUAACAAGGUGGUGAACCACGUGCUGGAACGCACAAGCAGCGGUGGCUUUUGUGGAAAUGACACCCUGAUGCACGUGACGUUGACCUCGCUGCCCUUUGGUGGCAUUGGGAACAGCGGCUUGGGGAAAUACCACGGCAAGUUCACCUUUGACACCUUCACUCACUACCGCGGCUGCCUGCACCGCUGCAUGGGGCUGGAGGCCAUCAACUGCCCGCGCUACCCGCCCUACAACCAGCAGAAGCUGGGCUUGAUGACGACCGCCUUCGAGAUCAAGCGCAAGGGCAUGUGCACCCUGCUGUGA